AUGGAGCGGGGAAAAGUCGCCUUUUCCCUCGCGAAGCCCAAGGCACCCGCGGCGCCGAAAGCGGCGCCGCGCGCGUUUGACGCAGACGAUGAGGAGGACGCGCCGCAGCCGAGCACGCGCGCGCCGGCGCCCUUGUCAAAAGCCGCGCGGCGGCAGCAAGAAGAGGCCGAGAAAGUCGACGCGAGCGCGUUUGACUACGACGGCGUGUACGAUAAGAUGAAGGCCGUCGAGCAGCAGCUCAAGGCCGCGAACAAAGAGGCAGACAAGGGGCGCAAGUCCAAGUACAUGAGCUCGUUUAUGCACGCCGCCGAGAUCCGCGAGCGCGAUCGCCUGCGCGCCGAGUCCAAGAUGAUCCAGCGCGAGCGCGAGGCGGAGGGCGACGCGUACGCGGGCAAGGAGGCGUUUGUCACGUCGGCCUACAAGGAGCAGCAGGAGGAGCUGCGGCGCGCAGAGGAGGAAGAGCGCGUCGUCGAGGCGCGUGAGCGCCAAAAGAACCGCGGCGUCGCCUCCUUCCACCAGCGCAUGCUCAAGGACGAGAGCGAAAAGCGGCAGGCGGCCCUCGAGGCACUCGCCAACGAUGACAUCCACGUCGAGGAAAAGCCUGAAGAAGUCUCGGACAAGGAGCGCGCCGCACAGGCCGCCCAGCAAGGGCGGCACGUGGAGCUCAACGAGGACAACCAGAUCGUGGACAAGCGCGAGCUGCUCUCUACGGGACUAAAUGUACUCAAGCGAAAGGAGCCGGAGGAGAAGGAGGAGGAGCAACAGCCGGCCUCGUCACGCGCCAAGCGCUCGCAGCUCAUGGAGGAGGAGCUGCUUGCGAAAUUGAUGGGCGAUUCUUAG